AUGGCAGUGCGUACGCUCUUCUCCACAAGGCAUGUCUCACAUGUCAAAUAUUCCAAUGAGGACGUCGAAAGAAGAACAGCCAAUGACCCCCUUGUUCUUCCUCAAAAGAGACUCUUGACCCCGCUCCUAUUGGACAAACGGCCUCCCCCGAUUCCUACAGAAGAUGAACGGAUCGAGUUCCCCUUCAGAAACACCAACUUGUUCUCAGAGACCUUCUUUACGUGGUGCUUGCCCCUAAUGAGAACCGGAUAUCGGAGAACCGUUCAAAGUGAAGAUCUAUACAAAAUUCCACGGGGGUCGACCUAUGACGUUGAAAGAAGGACCCAGAUAUUUAUGGACCAUUUCAACAAGCUCAAGGAUACUGUCGAAAGGGAGUUUAUGCGGAAACAUUCCAUUGAAGAUACGCCGACAAAUAGAGAAGCUCUCCCAUCUUUGGGGAUCAAAUAUCCUCCAUAUCUUGUAUUGCUGGCCUUAUACAAGACAUAUGCAUGGAAUUAUACCCUGGCAGUUGUUUGUAAAGGAUUGGGAGAUUUCACACUUGGAAUGAACACCUUACAAAUUAGGCAUUUGAUCGAAUAUGUCCAUAACAAGGCCAAUGGUAUCCCACAAUCGAAAAAUGGAUACGGCUUGGCAGUCGGUGUAUCUUGUUUGGUGUUCUUCUUUGGUAUUGUCAUGGCACGUGCCUUCAACGACUCCUCCUUUGUAGGUGCCGAAAUUAAGGGCGUCUUGACCAAAGUAUUACUUGAUAAAUCUUUUAGAUUGAGUAAAAAAUCGAAGACUAACUUCCCCGCAUCUACUAUUACUGCAUAUUUGGGUAACGACUUGUCCAAAAUAGACUUAGCCACCAAUUUCUUUCCCUUCAUUGUAUGUCUCCCCAUUGGUAUCGGUAUCACAGUCACCCUAUUGGCUAUAAAUUUAGGUGGCGCCGCAUUGUCCGGUAUUGCUUGGUUCAUUAUUAUUACAGCUUGUAUUUUUUAUUCAACCAAAUUUCUCAUGGGAUGGAGAAAAUCUGUUAAUGUUCAAACAGAUGCCCGUGUGAAACACAUCAAAGAAGUUCUUAAUAACGUUAAAAUGAUUAAAUAUUAUGCUUGGGAAAAACCAUUCACCAAAAUCAUCACUAGGCUACGUACUCAAGAAAUGAAAAUUAUGCUAAAAGUCCAAUUUUUCAGAAAUUUGGUUAAUGGUUUUGCGAUUACGCUACCUUCAGUUUCAGCGUUAAUUGGUUUUCUAUCGAUGUAUGGCCAAAGGGGCGGUUUGGAAAGCUCUUCCAAUUUGUUCUCCUCGGUUACCUUGUUCAAUAUAUUGACUGGUCAUGUGGCGUUGUUGCCUACUGCUCUAACUUCAGCAAGUGAUGCCUGGAUCGCUUUCACUCGUGUUCAGGUAUUCUUAUUGGCAGCGGAGGAGAAACCAGAUGACUUGUAUAAUAAACAUGGGUUUAAUCCAGAAAACCCUGCCAUUCACAUUAAUAAUGCCUCGUUUGAUUGGCUUUCAGAAGCAAAUUCUAUUGAAACAGCCAGUGAUGAUGGAGCAGAUAUAUCCACGUCGGAUGAAUCUACCAAGGAAAAAGAUGAACAUUCUGUGAAUGAUUUACAUCAUAUCAAUCUAAACAUCAAACAUGGAGAAUUUGUUGUUAUCACUGGCUCCAUUGGCUCCGGCAAAUCCUCUCUUCUAGCUGCCAUAAAUGGCGAUAUGACUCGUCUCACCGGCUCUGUCGAUAUUUCCGGUGAUAUUGUUUUGUGUGCAAACCCUUGGAUCCAGAACGCAACUGUCCGUGACAACAUCACCUUCGGACUCGACUAUGACAAGAAGGUUUACCAGGCGGUUGUCGAAUGCUGUGCUUUGCCCAGUGACUUUGAGAUCCUCCCGGCCGGUGAUAUGACGGAAAUUGGUGAACGGGGGGUCAAUCUCUCUGGUGGCCAGAAAGCCAGAAUCAACCUGGCCAGAGCAGUCUACCGGGCGUACACCAUGUCCGAGUAUAACAUCAUUAUGUUUGACGAUGUCUUGAGCGCCGUCGACGCCAAGGUUGGUAAGCAUAUUAUGCGUGAAUGCAUCUUGGGGUUGCUAUCCGGGAAGACCAGAAUCUUGGCAACCCAUCAGUUGUCUCUGAUUGGUGAAGCCGAUAGGAUCAUAUACAUGAACGGCGAUGGAACCAUUGACGUGGGGACUGAAACUGAGUUAGCUGGCCGAAACCGCAGUUUCAAGACGCUAAUGGAGUUUCAAAUGGAGGGAACAGAGCAUAAAGAGGAGGAAGUGGUGGAUGAGGACGAUGAAGACGCUGACGUUCAUGAAGAGGAGGUGGAGUUAAUCAGAAAACAGACAACCAAGAUUGAUCACGAUAAGGGGAGAACAAUUCAAGCCGAAACAAUGAAAAACAACGGAAUCCCCCUGAGUAUUUUAACUACAUAUUUUAGAUCUGGAUCCGGUAAAUUGGGAAUAAAGAUUGUUUUACCUAACUUAAUUUUAGCUAUUAUCUUCACGGCAUUUUGUAUGCUAUUUCAAAAUGUUUGGCUUUCAUUCUGGUCUUCCAGAAGAUUUGAGAGACAUGAUAAGUUCUACAUCGGUAUAUAUGUGUUUGUUACGAUCAUGUUCGUUGUAUGCUCCAUUUGGCAAUUCUCUACUAUAAUAUACGUUACAAAUAGAUCAUCAAACUUACUUAAUAUCAAGGCAAUUAACAAUAUCAUGCAUGCGCCAAUGGCGUUCUUUGAUACCACCCCAAUGGGUAGAAUCGUUAAUAGAUUUACAAAGGAUACAGAUGUCUUGGAUAAUGAAAUUGCAGAUCAGGCAAGAAUGACGUGUUUUGGAUUCGGAAAUAUGGGUGGCAUUAUUAUCAUGUGUUGUAUUUUUUUACCGUGGUUUGCCAUCGCUGUUCCUAUCCUUGCUGUAUAUGUGGUGUGCAUCUUCAACUAUUACCAGUCAACCGCAAGAGAAGUCAAAAGAUUAGAAGGCAUAAAAAGAUCCCUUGUCUUUUCGACUUUUGAUGAGACUUUACAAGGGAUGGAUACAAUUAAACUAUAUUCAUCAAGUAAAAGAUUUAUUAACAAAAAUACAGAUUUGAUCAACAGUAUGAAUGAAGCUUACUUUUAUACAGUUGGUAUCCAGAGAUGGUUAGCAAUGGCAUUACAUGGUGUUUCUGCUUCUGUUAAUUUGAUUGUUGGAUUGUUGGCUGUAUCCAGAGUAUACCCAAUUAGUGCAGCAUCUUCGGGUUUAUUAGUCAGUUAUAUUGUCCAAUUGAGCAUGCAGCUAAUUUCGUUCACCAAAUCGCUGGGUCAGUUAGAGCAAUACAUGUCAUCAGUGGAAAGAGUGUGUGAGUAUGUGACCGAAAUACCUCAGGAAGCUCCUUACGAAAAUGAAGCAGAAGACGCAAAGAUACCGCCAAACUGGCCGGUUGGUGGUCACAUUAUAUUCAAGGACGUUUCUUUGAAGUACCGACCAGAAUUGCCUUUUGUACUAAAAAACAUGGAUCUCGAUAUACGGCCAGGUGAAAGAAUCGGUAUUUGUGGCCGAACUGGGGCUGGAAAAUCAACAAUCAUGACUGCUCUUUACCGUUUGAGCGAGAUCGAGACUGGUCAGAUGUACAUUGACGGUAUCGACAUUAGCAAAAUAGGAUUGUUCCAAUUACGGUCUCAUUUGGCUAUCAUCCCUCAAGACCCAGUUUUGUUUAGGGGUGACAUCAGAAGAAACCUUGAUCCCUUUGGUGAAACGGACGACAACGUUCUUCGAGAAGCUCUGGCGCUGGCUUCUGGGUCCUUUGACAACGACAAAUUUGCGCUCGAUACCUUUGUUGAAGAUGAUGGCUCUAACUUUUCACUUGGUGAACGCCAAGUUAUUGCUUUAUGCCGUGCAUUGAUCCGUAAGUCCAAGAUUCUCAUUUUGGACGAGGCCACAUCCAGUGUCGACUACGAGACUGAUGCUCGGAUCCAAAGCACCAUUGCUACUGGUUUCCAAGGUUGCACAAUCCUAUGUAUUGCACACCGGUUGAGGACUAUUUUGAACUACGAUAGGAUCCUCGUAAUGGACAAAGGUGAGUGCGCAGAGUUCGAUACUCCACGGGCCCUUUGGGAACAGAAUGGUAUCUUCCGUAGCAUGUGCGACAAAUCAGGCAUUGAAGAAGGCGAUCUGUAA